GUCGGGCGGCCCUCAGCCUCCGGGCCUCUGGGAGUCGGCGGCUCUUCGGCUUCCCACGCCAAGCUAGGCGGGGUGCUGAGGCGGCUGGGGGUGCACCCGUGUCCUUGCCCUGGGACCUCUGCAAGGGACACUCGGUUGGUGAGCAGCGGGCGUGAGUUGUCACACCGAUCUCCCCGCCGCUCCUGGCCUUGCGAUCCUGAGCACGCGCCCUGUGGAGUGCGGGUACCCUGCCUCAGCGCUUUGGAGAUGCGUGUCCCUGAGGGCUCAGUGAACUCUUUUGGAUGGUUACUAAACUAGCGAUCUGCCUGCGGAAACAGGCGUCCAUCCGGUAGAGUGCGUGUUAGCUGCCGUGAGAGUUCUUGUACAGAAAAGUCACUUAACUGGCUGGUGAGGUCGCCCUGCGUUUAUUCAUCCUCCUAAAGAUGCAUCCUGACUUGUCUCCACACUUGCACACUGAGGAAUGCAACGUCUUGAUUAACUUGCUUAAGGAAUGUCACAAAAAUCACAACAUUCUGAAAUUUUUUGGUCAUUGCAAUGAUCUUGACCGGGAAAUGAGAAAGUGCUUGAAGAAUGAGGAUCUCAUAGAACCCAUACUGCCUUGGCCUCCUGCACCUACAAAUUUGGUUGAAGAGCCCCUGACAAGAGGAGUUCAAAAUUUGAAAAUCUUCAUAUUUUUCUUCUUGGGAAUAGGUAUACAGAAAGGAGGACCAGGAGCAGGGAGCAUGGUAUUGCAAUGCGAAAGAGGCUUUCUGAUCUUCCAGAGGAAGCUGGAAGAUAGGUUUACAGCCUUGACUGGGAGACCUGAAGACAGUUGGUAGCUGGAAAAAUCGCUUCGUUUUUAGUCUCUACAGCCCUUUGAAUGAAAAGUGACCCAUGAAGAGCUGAACUAUGGAGGAACAUGAGAAUGUGGAUUCUCAGUACUUGUUGAACAAAAGCCUUCAGUGCCGUGGGCUGUGCCUGCAGGACAGUUUCAGCUGCUACUGCCCUGAGUCUCCAUCCACCGGGUACUGACUCACCUCCCCAAUAAAGUAAUCGGACAGUG